AUGUCCCGGUUUCCCGCCGUCGCGGGCAGGGCGCCAAGGCGGCAGGAGGAAGGUGAGAGAUCGCGAGACCUCCAGGAAGAGCGGCCUUCGGCAGGUUCCGUCGCGGAUAGAGAAGAGAAAGGAUGCACAUCGCAGGAGGGAGGAACUACUCCAACUUUUCCCAUUCAGAAACAAAGAAAAAAGCUUAUUCAAGCUGUGAGGGACAAUUCAUUCCUUAUUGUUACUGGAAAUACAGGAAGUGGUAAAACAACUCAACUCCCAAAAUAUCUAUACGAAGCAGGGUUUUCACAACAUGGUAUGAUUGGUGUGACCCAACCACGAAAAGUAGCUGCCAUAUCUGUUGCUCAGAGGGUUGCUGAAGAAAUGAAAUGCACAUUGGGAUCCAAAGUAGGAUACCAAGUUCGUUUUGAUGAUUGCAGCUCCAAGGAAACAGCAAUCAAAUACAUGACUGAUGGAUGUUUACUGAAACAUAUUUUGGGAGAUCCGAAUCUUACCAAGUUCAGUGUCAUUAUUUUGGAUGAAGCCCAUGAGAGAACUCUAACUACAGACAUCUUAUUUGGUUUAUUGAAGAAGCUAUUUCAGGAGAAGUCUCCUAACAGAAAGGAGCAUUUAAAGGUCGUAGUGAUGUCAGCAACAAUGGAAUUAGCCAAGCUCUCUGCGUUCUUUGGAAAUUGUCCAAUAUUUGAUAUACCUGGAAGGCUUUAUCCAGUCAGAGAAAAAUUCUGCAAUUUGAUUGGUCCACGAGAUAGAGAAAAUACUGCAUACAUUCAAGCGAUUGUGAAAGUGACCAUGGAUAUCCAUUUGAAUGAAAUGGCUGGAGACAUCUUGGUUUUUCUGACUGGUCAGUUUGAAAUCGAAAAAAGUUGUGAGUUACUUUUUCAGAUGGCAGAAUCUGUUGAUUAUGAUUAUGAUGUCCAAGAUACCACUCUAGAUGGCUUGUUAAUAUUGCCCUGUUAUGGAUCUAUGACAACAGAUCAACAGAGAAGAAUAUUUUUGCCACCUCCACCUGGAAUUAGAAAAUGUGUCAUAUCCACCAAUAUUUCUGCAACAUCUUUGACAAUAGACGGGAUCAGAUACGUGGUAGACGGUGGCUUUGUGAAGCAGUUAAAUCACAACCCCAGGUUAGGAUUGGACAUCCUAGAGGUGGUUCCAAUUUCGAAGAGUGAGGCAUUGCAGCGAAGUGGCCGAGCUGGCAGGACUUCAUCAGGAAAAUGCUUUCGGAUCUAUAGUAAAGAUUUUUGGAACCAGUGUAUGCCUGACCAUGUGAUACCUGAGAUUAAGAGAACUAGUUUGACAUCUGUAGUUCUGACCUUAAAGUGCCUUGCCAUACAUGAUGUAAUAAGGUUCCCCUAUUUGGAUCCACCUAAUGAAAGACUUAUUUUGGAAGCUCUUAAACAACUUUACCAGUGUGAUGCUAUUGACAGGAGUGGCCAUGUGACCAGAUUGGGUUUGUCUAUGGUAGAAUUUCCUCUCCCUCCCCAUCUGACAUGUGCGGUAAUAAAGGCUGCUUCUCUCGACUGUGAAGAUCUACUGCUUCCAAUAGCAGCAAUGUUGUCUGUAGAAAAUGUCUUCAUUAGACCUGUUGAUCCAGAGUACCAGAAGGAAGCAGAGCAGAGACACCGAGAGUUGGCAGCUAAAGCUGGAGGAUUUAAUGACUUUGCAACUUUAGCCGUCAUCUUUGAACAGUGCAAAUCAAGUGGCGCUCCAGCUUCAUGGUGCCAGAAACAUUGGAUUCAUUGGAGGUGCUUAUUUUCUGCAUUUCGUGUUGAAGCUCAACUUAGAGAACUGAUCAGGAAGCUUAAACAGCAAAGUGAUUUCCCAAGAGAGACCUUUGAAGGCCCUAAACAUGAAGUCCUGCGAAGAUGUCUUUGUGCAGGUUAUUUCAAAAACGUAGCGAGAAGGUCUGUUGGGAGAACAUUUUGCACAAUGGAUGGGCGCGGAAGCCCAGUUCAUAUUCAUCCUUCCUCAGCACUUCAUGAACAGGAAACGAAACUUGAAUGGAUCAUUUUUCAUGAGGUAUUAGUUACCACCAAAGUCUAUGCAAGAAUUGUGUGUCCAAUCCGUUAUGAAUGGGUGAGAGACUUGCUACCCAAGUUGCAUGAAUUGAAUGCACAUGAUUUGAGCAGUGUGGCCCGCCGUGAAGUGAGAGAAGAUGCGCGAAGGAGGUGGACCAAUAAGGAAAAUGUAAAGCACCGAAAGGAUGGAAUAUCCAAAGAAGUCCUAAAGAAAAUGCAAAGAAGAAAUGAUGAUAAAUCCAUAUCAGACGCACGUGCUCGUUUCCUUGAGCGGAAGCAGCAGAGGUCCCAAGAUCACAGUGACACACUGAAGGAAACCGGCUAAGCAGUGAACCCUCCAAUUCAGGAAGUAGGAAAAACAGCCAGAAAAUGUGUUUCUACUUUGCCGUUUAUGUCAGACAGCACUACCAAGAGGAAGUGGUCAGCAGCUGUUUUUAAGCAUAAUAGUUAAAAGCAAAUCAGAGCUCAUCGGUACCAAUAAAUGGAAGUUUCAAAGAAAAAAAUUGAGUUGCCAUAGUCAUAGGCAAUGAUACAUGAAACCAAUGAAAGACAAUAUAUGUGGCAUUUUCCUCACUUCAGUUUUGCUGGCCUUGACUGGUAUCAAAUGCUGUCAGUGAGAUAUUUUCAAAGAACAUUGAAUUGUAUUUAAUCAGUAUGUAUUCCAUUUGCAUUGAAGCAUUAAAAGUUAUUUUCCUUAAAUCUCUUUAAGGCCUUCUUGUUGCUAAUAGAGUAGUAUUUUAUCAGGUUAUCAGGUUUGUGACCAUUUCCUUCAGAAGGCUAAACAUAAGAGGUUUUUACUCAGCAAUACUUAUACAUCUAACUGUUUAAUUGCUACAGAGCUUUAUAGAUAUUUAGAGAAAAUACUUAAUUAGUAAAUAAGAAAAUUGCCUAUGGCAAGAUUCUUUGUUGAAUUAAUAUUAAUCCUUAAGUUGACUUUUCUGGAAUUAUACAAAUUCCUUUUUAUAUAAAAGUAUAUUGUUUAAAACAGUAGCUAUAGCCAUUAACCAAAGGACAGAUGAUACAUAUAUGGUCUUUUUUUAGCUGUCCCUGCAUACUUGUAUCAGCACCACAUAUGUAAAUGUGACAGUGUUCCAAACAGCCUUCCACCUGGCCUACUGUCUUGCCUCCAGCUGCUAGGAUAGGACCAUUUAAACAUUUAUUAUGCUGAUCUUGAAACGGGAUUUUCAAAGCAGCCAACUCUACAUCAGCAGUGUUUCAGAUUGGAACCUUGAGGCUAGUUAGUAUCACACUCAGGCCACGCUCAGCACUUGUCCACUCGUUGUUUACUGCCUUGUAUUCUAGUUAUUUGUGUAUUUGUCUGUCUCCCCCACUAGAUUAUACGCUCCUUGUGGGCAGGGACUGUGUCUUUUUCAUCUUUGUAUCUUUCACGGCACCUAACACAGUGCUUUGCACAUAGUAGUCAUUCAGUGUCUGUUAAAUAAAGCUAUUAGUGUUGUUCAGAUUCAAAA